AGCUUUAAGCACACGUGACGUCACAGUAGAUCACUUAAUCUACCGUAACCAUUAAAGAGAGGGAAAAUGUCAAAGCGAGGACUGGUAGAGAGACUUAAUGCCGGGGAAAACGUGCUGAUUGCCAAUGGAUACAUGUGGGAGUUUGCCCGCCGGGGAUACUUAACCCUUGGUGGAUAUGUACCGGAAGUGGUGAUCGAACAUCCGGAAUUGGUAACACAGCUCCACGAGGAGUUUGUUCACGCUGGAACUGACGUGCUACCCGCCUUCACUUAUUUUGGACACCGAGAGAAGAUGCGCUCAAUUGGUAGAGAGGCGGAAGUUGAGUCCCUAAACAGACAGGCGCUGAGAAUUGCCAGAAAAGUGGCGGAUCGCACUGGUUCUCUUGUGGCCGGUGGUGUGUGUCACACCCACGUUUAUGCUAAAGAUGACCCCGCAACUCACGAGAAAAGCAGAGCAAUAUUCAAGGAGGUGAUAGAGUGGGCGGUGGAGGAGGGAGCAGACUACAUUGUGGGGGAGACUUUCUCCAUUUUUGGGGAGGCCAUGCUAGCUCUGGAGUGUAUCAAAGAAUACGGGAAAGGUCUUCCUGCUGUGAUUACUUUGACUGCUCAUAUACCGGAUCAGACAGUGGAUGAUGUCCCUUUACCGGAAGCUUGUCGCCGACUGGAGGAAGCGGGAGCGGUAGCUGUCGGACUCAACUGCUCCAGAGGUCCCAAAACAAUGAUUCCACUGAUUCGAGAGAUCAGGAAAGCUUGCAAGGGUCCUAUUGCUGCCAUUCCUGUGCCAUUUCGUUGUCAAGACGAUUGUCGCACAUUUUACUCUUUCAAGGAUGACGAGACUGAUAAGUUUCUGUACCCGACCAAUAUUGAAUGCAAAAAAUGUUCCUCAGACGACAUUGUAGAAUUUGCAACAGAGGCUAAAGAAAUUGGUGUACAGUACAUAGGCCUUUGUUGCGGAAAUUGCUCAGCUUACAUGCGUGAUUUAGCGGAAGUCUACGGUCGAAAACCAGGGGCUAGUCGUUACUCGUGUGAUCUGUCACUGUCGUUUGUUUGGGGAAAGAAGAAAGCGUUGAAUAAAUCCGGGGAUAAAGAGUUUAUGUACAUGGUGUAUGGAAAAGAAAAGUAGAGGACUUCACCCCACUAUGGGACAUCUUUUGUUUCAUAUUCUGUACCCAACUGUUAUAAAUGUUUCCCAAUAGAAAGUAGGUUAAUGUACAUGUCGAUAUUCAGAAUAUUAUCGAGUGAUAAAUAUGUCAAAAGCACAUUAUCUUAAUGUUUACAGCAAUCAAUAUAAUAUGGGGAUGAAUAUUCUGAAAAGGUUCAAUAAAGAAGACCAUGACAUUA